UGUAACCAACUUUAACCCCCCCCCCCCCCCCCAACCCACCACUACCAUGGCAGCUGCAGCAGCAACAAUGACAGCAUUUCACUCAUACUCUCCUCAACAACAACAACAACACCAACCACCACAAUCACAACAACCAACAGACCCCCCUCAACUUUCCAAAAAACCCAAAACCAUCCUCCACAAAAACCCUCUUUACACUCCACUCCCCUCAAAACUCUCCCACCAAUUCAAAGAAAAAAUAUUAUGCCUUGAACUCAUGGGCAUUGAUUCAGGCAAAGCCUUAUCAUCAAACCCCCUAAUCCACUCAACCCCCCUCACUUCAAUCCACACCAUCAUCACCUUCCUUCAAUCCAAAGGAAUUUACCAAAAAGACCUUCCAAGAAUCAUUGGCAUGUGCCCCAACAUCCUCACAUCCAACAUCACAACUGAUCUUAUUCCAGUUUUCAACUUUUUAUCAAAAGACCUCAACAUCCCAGAUCAAGAUUUCAGAAAAGUGAUCAAUAAGUGUCCAAGACUGCUUGUUUCUAGUGUUAAAGAUCAACUAAAGCCUGCUCUUUUUUACUUAAAAAGAUUGGGAUUUCAUGAUAUGGGUCAAUUAGCUUAUCAAGAUUGUGUCUUGUUGGUGUCAAAUGUGGAAAAAACAUUGAUUCCUAAGUUGGAUUAUUUGAUUAGUUUAGGAUUUUCGAAACCGGAGGCGGUUGAGAUGGUUUUGAGGUGUCCUGGGCUGUUUACUUUUAGUGUUGAUAAGAAUUUUAAGCCUAAGUUUGAGUAUUUUGAGAGGGAGAUGAAGAGGGAUUUGAAUGAGUUGAAGAGUUUUCCUCAGUUUUUUGCAUUUAGUUUGGAGAAGAGGAUAAAGGCCAGGCAUUUGCAGGCUUUGGAAUGUGGGGUUGAGGUUUCUUUGCCAGUUUUGCUUAAAUCUACUGAUGAAGAGUUUGCAGAGUUGUUGAGAGAGUGUGAUUGAUCAAGAAAUGUGUAAAGUUUUUGUUUUUGUAAGUAUUGGAAAUGACCCAUGUAACCAUGUUUAUGUUAUUGUUGUUUGGAUGUUUGUUAACAAUAUUUGUUUUAA